UAGGUAGCCUUUGGGGAUCUGUUUAUAAAUCUUCAAAGCCAGGAUCAGCAGCAGGUUGAGUGAAGACACUGAAGGAGGGAGAGUGAGGCAGAUGGAGAAGAAACGGUGAUGGGGAGGGAUCCAAAAAAAACACAGCAUGGCGGGUGGGAGAGCAGAUAGAGAGAGGGGAGUGUGUGUGCGUGUGUGUGUGUGUGUGUGUGUGUGUGGAGGGGAGAUCCAUGCAGUAAGGCAGAAGUUUCAGCUCUGCGCUCCACACACAGCCAGGACGGAGGACAGAAAGCACUAACAGGUACAAUGCUGCUGCAUUCGAGCGUUCUGAUUGGCCUGCUGUGCCUGGGCCAGGCCGGCGGCGCCUGGGGUUUGGCCCGCCUGCUGGACAACGCAGAGCUGCGCUCGGCCUUCUCCGUGUCGCGCACUAACAGCAUGGAAGGGGGACCGAAAAUGACCGUGACCUUUGACACUGUUUACGUCAACAUCGGCGGAGACUUUGAUGCCAAGGCGGGAUUGUUUCGCUGCCGCAUCCCCGGGGCGUACUACUUCUCCUUCACGGUGGGGAAGUUCCCCCACAAAGACCUGUCUGUGAUGCUGAUGAAGAACAGGAACGAGGUGCAGGCCAUUGUCUACGAGGAGAACGCCGGAGAGGAGAGGAAGGUGCAGAGCCAGAGCGUCAUGCUGCAGCUGGAGUUCGGGGACACCGUCUGGCUCCGUCUCCAUGGCGAUCCCCGCUACGCGCUCUACAGCAACACUGGGCACUACACCACCUUUAACGGCUACCUGAUCUACCCUGACACCUACAGCUACCAGACCCACCACCACCAGCACCAGCCCGCCUACAACCCUCAGCAGGACACAGAGGACGCCAAGUCCAGGCCAGGAGACCCCGAGAAGGAGGAGGAGGAGGACGGCCAGGAGUAUGAUGACGAAGAGGACGACGGGAGAUCCGCCUUCUCCGCGGGCCGCACCCAAAGCAUCCUGGGAAUCGACCAGGUGGGCAUGCCGCAGCACCGGCCGAUCAGCUUCGACACGGCUUUCGUCAACAUCGGCGAGGACUUCAACGUGACGGAGGGCGUGUUCACCUGCCGCGUGCCGGGGGCGUACUACUUCUCCUUCAACGUGGGCAAGCUGCCCAUGAAGACGCUGUCCGUGAAGCUGAUGAAGAACCGCCUGGAGGUGCAGGCGAUGAUCUACGACGACAGCCAGGGCGAGAAGGCCCUGCAGAGCCAGAGCCUGAUGCUGGCGCUGAAAUCAGGCGACGUCGUCUGGCUCUACUCCCACCAGAGAGACGGAUUCGGAGCCUACAGCAACCACGCCAAGUACAUCACCUUUACCGGUUUCCUGGUUUACCCCGACAUCAGCUCCAGCUCCCCCACCACUGCCACCACCAGCCAAUCAGAAGCCGCCAAGAGGCCCUAACUACGGCUGGGUGGCAAAUGACUGAGCAUCCUGGGUGGGAUUCAUGUUCACACGUGAAAACACAACAUCUUACCAAGAGGUUUUGGUCUGGUUUCUUAUUACACUUGAAAUAAGACAGAA